CACCUGGCCCAGGUGAGGCGGGGCCGGACGCCGUUCCCUGGCUCGCAGGAAAUCCUGUCUUCUGAACAAUGAAGAUCUUAGACCCCGGCUAACUCUUAGACGCGCAAACUGUUUGUGAAUCCCUCCUCGCUCUUCUGAAGCAGAUGCUGAAGUUCCUUAGAAGGAUCUUGUCUAUUCACACACAGUGCCUGCGUCAGAACAGAGAAAGCUCCCAGCAAUCUUGUGCCUGAGCGGUGAGCCAUGCUGGGCCGGAAAACAGGACUCCCCCACAACCUGAACAGCCACCGCCAGCUGAACCAGUCCUACCAGGAGGCUGUGCCCCUGCGGACCAGACCAUCCAAGGAGACGGAUGUCAGUUUGGAGGUGUUCAGCGGCUCUACGCCUGAAAUCAAACAGAGCCGCACUAGAGCCCAGCAGAUGCGGGAUAGGAAAGGUCGCAAAGCUGACCUCAAAGACUCUAACGGAAGAGAGGCAGAAACAAUUACCUUUAUUUCUGGUACAGCAGAGGCUCCCCCAAACCAGAGCUUUUGCUGUUUCUCUCUGUCUCAGGCCUGGAACACAUAUAAGGCUGUUUUCUGUUGUAUAGUGACCUGUGGGGGCUGCUUUCAGGACUGCAGUGUCUGUAUCCCCUAUCCAGGGCCCACCGAGACAUCCACUGAUGAUGGAAAGAACGGAGAUUAUAAUGGGCGACUGCCAAACAGCCCCGCCAACGUCUCUCCCGCUGAGAAGAAUGGGAACCAGAUCAAAAAGUCCAGCAUGGGUAGCAGUUUUAGUUACCCAGAUGUGAAACUGAAGGGCAUUCCUGUCUAUCAAAACAGGAGCCCCAGCCACCACCUGGAAUCAGAUUCAUGCUGCAAAGAGCAGCUGCCAGAGAAGCCCUUCAGGAACAGCAUAGAAAAGCCACCACUUCCCAGCAGCCACCGGAGUUCAGAGGAGUAUUAUUCCUUCCACGAGUCCGACCUGGACAUCAGCGAGCUUAACGGCUCCAUGUCCAGCAGGGAGAUCGAUGUCCUGAUCUUCAAGAAACUGACAGAGCUCUUCAGCGUCCACCAGAUCGAUGAGCUGGCCAAGUGCACAUCAGACACUGUCUUCCUGGAGAAGACCAACAAGAUCUCGGACCUCAUCAAUAGCAUAACUCAGGACUACAACCUGGAUGAACAGGAUGCUGAAUGCAGGCUGGUCCGAGGCAUCAUACGCAUCAGCACCCGGAAAAGCAGGGUCCGGCCCCAUAUUUCUAUCCCAGCCAGCCAGAGCCACGAGGAGAAGUCCAGCAGAGGCAACGCACCAGACAGCGGUAAUGAAACGAUGCUAGAGUCCAUGGUCAUCAGCCAAGACGAUUUGGCCGUACAAAUAUCAGAAGAAACACCAGCAGAUGUGAUAGCCAGGAAUAUGAGGCGGCACAGCAGCGCAGGCUCUCCAACAAGCAGAGAUUCCUCUUUCCAAGACACAGAGACUGACUCAUCUGGGGCACCUCUGCUUCAGGUGUAUUGUUAAGGAAAAAGGACCCAAGCAGCAGGCAGGCAUUCCAAGGCUUUGCUGCAAUCAGAUUUCUCCUCUUUCAAUAUGGAGUGUGCUAUGGCACUUUUUUUCCCCCAGUCUACCCUGAUCUUUUGUUGAAGCCAAAUUUCUCCUGCUGUCUGAAUUUCACUGGAUAAUUUUUUUUUUUUUUUUUUGGACAAUAUAGAACAUCAAGGAAGUGAACUGUGGAGCUAAUGAACUUGGGGGGUGGAAUGUGUGCCCAGGGAGGAGAAGAUGGACGAGGAAGUAUCAGAUAACUUGUGCCUCUAUGGUUUCCAUACUUCAUGUUUAGCUUCAAUAACCUCAGUGGCCCAGCCCUUUCCCUGCUUUGAGGAUCUGCUGUACAGUUCUUGCUUUCUGGCAUUGCAUAAGUUAACUUGGGCAGGGAAUAACUGGAUGGUGUCUCUGUGUUUGUGCCGAUGCUGAGGUGAAGGCCAAGCACCUGCUCCGUAGGGACCCAAAUCUCUAUUUAAAGUGGCUGGGUUGGUCCCAAAAACAUUAAGUCCUCUAUCGAUGGUGUUUGCAGUAGCCAGAUCUACCUUCUUCCUGCUGACUCUUAGUGGUGUCAUCUCCUGCUGCCUUGUAAGGAGAAGGUUCAGGUAAUGUGGUUCGUUUAAUCUUUGGCCUCUUGGCGUGUCUCUCGACAUAGUGCCAGUUGCAGAGGGGCGGGAUGCCUGGACAGCUGCCCCACUCUCGUCUCCCAAGCAGACCAUGGGGAUCAGCUUUGCAGUCACUGCCAGUCUGAUGUGAACUGCGGGCGUGAGCUGUUACCAAUUGCACGCAUUGACCUGUGACUUGCAUGCCAGUCAGCUCUUCCUCACUCAUCUGCCAAGCCCUCUGCGUUUCCCCGUCACGCUCGGUGUCAUGCUGACUGCUGGGCGAGCCUUGAACUUGAGUUAUGGCAGGUGAGGGAAAUAGCCGAUUCAUUUUUAAGUUUUUGUAAUUAAGAAUUGGGCUGUUUGACUGUUCUGCUAGAAACUGCCUUAAAAGUGGCUUGCUUCAAAAGGAAGGCCUCCCCUGAGAGUGUCUCCAGAGGGUCUGUGAGGAACCGCUUGGUCCUGCCUCUCCCCUGUGGGUGCUCAGCGCCUUCUCCUUCUCUCUGCUCCUCUCUAACAGCCAGUCAGAAGCAGGAGAUGUGGUAUUGCUACCCUGAGGGCACGGUGCCAGGUGACCUUGAGGGCUGCAGCAUUGCAGCAGGAGGAAGCUGUAUCUUACUGGUGUUGCCACUUGGUUGUUUAUCAUAAAGUAAACGUGAAGCCACCGGACUUGUUUAUACGUUCGGGUGCCCUUGGAUCUGAACAGAAAAAGCUUAGUUGAAUUUACCAGCCAUAGAAUAAACAUACCCACAGUUUUCGGGGGAGAGGGAAACCAAAAUAAGCCCCAUGCUUUGGUGUGGACCAUGUUUUUGUGCCUUAAUUGAACUGAAAUGUGCCUUAAUUGAACUGAAAUGUGCCUCUAUUUCAUAGCCUGUGAUUACUCUUCAAAAGGUUGGGUAGGGGGGGAAAGGAUUUAAUUCCUCAUAUGAGCAGUCAGGCUUAUUUAACCAGCCAAAGCCCUUUGAAAUGUACAGUUCAAGUCCCUGUUAGAGCCUAUUUUUGUAAACUGCUUGCAUUUCAGAGCAUGCUUUCAUAAAUCACGGACAUUAUUGAGACCACACCUUGAGACACUAACAGAGAGAGAUUUUGAAAAUAAAGGGGAGAGACUGAGACUUGGAUUUGGCUUCCCCUCCCUGCUUUGUUUUUAAAGCUGUCGGUUUGUGAAAACCCAUGUUUGUGCAAGGAAGAGUCUUGAAGCAAGGCCAGCCCAGGACUCCCAGACGAGCUGUGUUUGGUCACCUCCUUCUGAAUGCCACAUGUACUGAUGGACCCAUUUGGCUUCCUGCUUCUGAAUGGAUUUGUACAUACAUAUUUGGACAAGUUUACUUAAACCUGUGCACUGAGGCGUCAGCACGGGUCACACUGACACAUAGCUCUGUGGUCUGUGCGCUGGAGACGAUGGGUGAGGAUGGACUUGCAAAAGCUGCCGAUCGCUAUUACAGAUGCAAUAGCACAUUUCUAAUGUUUAGUCUGUGUACGAAGAGUGAAUGUGUAUGGAUUAAGCUUGCAAAAAAACCCCCAAAAUCUGAAAACCCCCCAAAAACUCAGUAAGGAAGACUGUCAACUUGAUGGUCCUUGAAGCUGGUGCACCUGUGGUGUCUUAUGGGAUUCUUUUGCACUCCUUGGCCUUAAACGUCUGAUUUGGUCUUUUUUAUAAAGCAAAAGAUGUGCUCUUUA